AUGAUGGAGAACAAGGACGAGGACUGUCGGUCGGUGAGGUUGGCAAACGACGCUACGGAAUCUUCGGAUAUCGCACCAAUCAAUAGUGCCGAUGCAGAAGAAUCAAUGAGGAGGCUUCCGGAUGACUUGAAGGAGGGUUCUGUUUCUGGCUCACUGACAAGCAGGAAAGACGACGGUGAAGAUGAAGACAGCAAUGCAGACCUCGCGGUUUCCAUCGACCACAACAAAGGUGCUUUCAGAAGCUCGUCGUCCUCUGGAAGUGACGACGAGAACUCGGAGCGUGAAGGCCCAAGUCAAGAAUCUGAAAUCACACCCAAUUACGCAUCGGAGUGGGACAAGGCACUCCGCAAGGGGAAGCCUUCCAAAGGGAACGCUUCCAACUUCUUUACAGCACCCAUCCAUAGCAUGGACGUAGACUCACCGCCAGAUUUCUUUUCUGCUGCUCAUGAUGAAGCAGUAAAAGAAGCUGCAUCCGGCGUGUACGAUGAGGAGGAAGAUUCCGUAUAUGACCCAGAUAGUGUUGAUCCUAAUGGCCAACGACAACAACAACAACAACCGCCUCGAAGUGAAAUGAAUACUUUUCCUCCUCCGCGCGGCAGUGUAACCCUUCUUCCACCGCCACCACCGUCGCCAUUACAGAUCGUUUCAUCGAAUAUCAGUAUGCUGAGUGGUAACAAACCUUCUACCAUAUCUCUUCUCCAGAGCACUGGACCGCGAAAUUCAACAGUCUCGAGACAGCUUGAGAUUGACAAUAGUAAUCUGGAGUCGGGAGUCUUGCCAGAUGUUCUGAUGUCUAUGCGGCAAAAGAUUGAAAGUUUAACGAUGUUCGAUUCCGAUAUGCUCCGACUCGCACGCGACCAAGUUGACGAUGAUCCCACUAUGCACGACAACCGGGAGAGCUUAAAGCGAUCGUCACAACAAUCCAUUUCUGCAGCUGUCCUGGUCGGGCUUGCACACAAGCGUUACGAACGUCGACGUUUGGCUGCUCUGGAAAUUGAAAAAACUAUCCGACAACUCGUCUAUCAAAAGGAAAUUGAGCGCGUGCGCGCUAUUCUAUUACUCUUAUCGGACGAUUACGUGCGCUCCACCAACGAAGACGCUCGGAAGGGUGGUGUGGUGGCGCUGGCGGCUUGUGCAAUCGGUCUGAAAAAAGCUGAACUGCAAGAUUCUGCUGCAGAAGAGUGUCGAGAUUUGAUCCUUGCCAGCGUGGUUCACGCUUGUCAGGAUCAUUCGCAACGGGUGCGGUAUUAUGCAACCGAGUCACUCUAUAAUACUGUGAAGGCCAUCCCCAAUCUAGCAGUACAACAUUUCUUUAUCUUGUACGAGAUCUUAAGGAGCCUUUAUGCAGACGUCGAUGGAAAUGUUCGAGGAGGUGCAGAAACAUUGGACAAGACACUGAAACAGAUCAUUGUCAGCGCCAUAAACGCGGGGCUCUUUGCAGCUGAAGACUGCGUCCCUGUCUUUGCUCGAUUUGUGUAUCUACGAAACAAGUCGACCAAUAGACUCACGUUGACGUGGCUACAAGAGCUGAAUGAGAAGCUCGUUGGAUCUCCAAUUCUCGAAUUUCUCCAUUUAUUCUUGGGGGGAAUUUUCGAUAUGGUUGCGGAUCCAACCAUGGUGAUUCGGCAGUCUGCACUGGCUUUUCUGCAAUCGGUAUUACCGAAGCUUUUAGUCGUCAACACAGGGCUGAAUGAAUCAGAAAUGGAACGCACGCACGUAGACUUCGAUAAAAUAUUGCAAUCGCUCGUGACAACGAUGGAGCAUCCUGAUCCAUUCGUCCGCAAAGUUGCUAUGUAUUGGAUGUCUCGAAUUCUCAAGGCGCACAUAAGUAAAUCGGAAGAGACCGAAGUAAGCGAAACGUCAAAGAGAUUGGCUGCAAAUGACGGUGGUGCUGCAAAUGUCGCUGAAGAGAAGGAGGGCCCUGACUUGUCUGCUGCAUCGGCUUCGGUUCGGAACUCUUUGCCGCAUGUUUUGCCCGGUAUUCUUCUCAGUAUUGGGGACGACUUUAACGGAAACGCCACUAUCAAGGAUACGUUCCUCCCUGACCAGACUACAAGAUCCCUCGCUGAACAAGCUAACGCAUGCUUGCAAGAUGCUGUUCGACGAGAUGGGCCUGCCUAUGUUCAACAUCUUGAUGGGUUUAUUGUUGCUUUACGCGAAGAGCUCGACUCUCCCGGUGGCCUGAAUGCACGGAACUUACCCGCUGUAGAACGCUCGCCGUAUCGAAUGGAUGUGAAGCAAGAUGGGACGGGAAUCGAGAGUUCAGGGUGGUUUCGUCAGAGCAGUGACAGCAAUGACCGCACUAACAGUGCCAUGUUGAUGUCGAGGCUUUGUGCUUUACAGUGGGUGGUUGUAUUGUAUGAAUCGGUUGUUCCAGAUCUUUUGAAAGCUGAUUAUGCUCGCGAGUUCAUAUUUGCAAUUAUUUAUCAGCUUGUCGACAGCCCUCCCAAAAUGAUUGUUUUUAAGAGCUUGAAAGUACUGGCAAAGAUCACAGUACCUGUGCCGGGUGAGGAGGUCUCAAGUGCUAUAAGCUCUGUUUCAUUGCCUAGUAUCAAUGAAAGCAUUGACGGAUCAGUCUCCUUCCCAAUGGACAAUUCUAGUGUAUUAUUUGCUCUGAAUCUUCUUGAACCAGAAAAGCGUUGCAAAACAUCUCGCAAUCGUGAGGUAUUCUCGGCAUUGAUUCAACUUCAUUCAUACAACGAACAACUCCUCGCAGAACUUUCCUCUGUCAUCUCCUACAUGUGUACUUUACAGCCUCCUGAAUUUGUCAUGAUAUCAUUUUGCGUUGAAUUGGAACGAUUCGUUCGCGCCAGAGAAGGGAAGCUCAAUCUGAGUUCGAAAGAAGCCAUUGGUAAUUCGAACGAUGCCACUUUGUCGAGAGACUUGCAUUUUGUAUCUUCUUUCAUUCAGAACAUGAGUAACGUACUCCUAAAUUCAAAGGAAGCGAUCUCCCUGAAAGUCAUUUUAAAGGACUGUGUUGGAAAAAAGAGUGAGAGUGAACGAGAUGACCAACGCUUGCGCUUGUUCCAUAUCCUUCUGCAUUCAUUCGCCCACAACCUUGCUGCUACAAUAUCGCUCUCCUUCUGGGCCGGAGCAAACCGAACUGCAUAUUUGUCCGUGAUACAAAUUGACACGCUGGAUUUGAAUCUGAAAUUGUUGUUAGAGAUCGAUCGGUUAGUUGAAAUGUUGGAGCGACCACUAUUUCGCCACUUGCAUGUUCGUAUGUUGGAAAGAGACACAGACCCUUGGGGCGAAGGUAGCGGCUCCAUGCUAUUUCAGGCACUCAAGGCAUUACUAAUGAUCCUUCCACAAAGUACAUGCUACAGAGUGUUGAAGGACCGGCUCGUUAGCGUAUCUCUGUACCGACGGAGCACAGCAACACAACAGGGAGUCUCACCAACAAUUCCAUCCCGUCCCGGCAAAAUGCCAAGUAAGACCGAAAUCUAUGCCGAUCGUGUUAAACGAGCACGUGCUCUGCAUUGUGCGGCUACUUGGCAGACAAUCCGUGCCGAAAGUUUGGAAGAAAUCUCGAAACGAGAAUCGAGCGGCGAACAUACUCACGAAGAAGGCUCAGAUCGACGACAAUGGUUGGGAUAUGGGUCUCGAGAAGAACAGCGUGGAGCGCAACGACGAUUCGAGGAUGAGAAGCGUCGACGCAAAAGCGGCUUUUUUAUUGAAGAAUUACAGGACAGUUACAAUGAUUUGGGUUCCCUGCCAAUGUCCAAUACUACUACAUGGAAAGAAGAGGAGGUUUCAAAGGGGGACUCUCAGGGAAAAGCCAAGGAUAAGCCCAGCAGCGAAGCCACGUGGAAGCAAUAUUGGGUAAACUCGGAUCAGUAA